AUGGAAUUUGGAUUGGUCGUUGAUAAAAGUUCAGUUGGUUUGGGUGCAAUAUUAACUCAAGUGAAUUCAAAAGAUGCAAGAGACAAACGCGUAUUAAGCUUCGCAAGCAGGGCACUAUCGGACCUUGAGCGCCGAUACUCGCAGAUCGAAAAGGAAGGCCUAGCAUGCGUAUGGGGCUGCGAAAAGUUCCAUAUGUAUCUUUACGGUCGAAUCUUUACACUGGUAACAGACAAUAAAGCUCUACAAUAUAUUUUCAAAAAUCCAAAAGCAAAAACAUCAGCACGUAUAGAAAGAAUGUGUUUACGUCUGGCCCAAUACGAUUUCAUUGUAAAAUAUCAUCCUGGUAAAUGCAACCCAAGUGAUUAUUUAGCUCGCAAUCCAAUUAUACCAGAAUUUGAAGCAUCAAAUGAAAGCUUAUAUGAUCGUCUAAUUGAUAUAGCGCACGAUGGGCAUCAAGGCGUCAAGAAAACAAAAGCAUUAUUGAGAUCAAAUGUAUAUUUUCCAGGUCUAGAUAAAUUGAUUAACGCACGUUUGAGUAGUUGUUAUACUUGCCAAACAAAUUCACCAACGGUGCAACAUGAACCAUGUCAAACGUCAGAAUUACCAUCAAGCCCAUGGCAAUUAAUUGCAUUAGAUUUUUAUGGUGCAACUGAUUCAGGUACAUAUUUAUUGUUGAUUACAGACGUAUAUGCACGAUUUGUAAUAAUUCAUGAAGUGAAUACAACAGCAUCGCAUUACAUAUUAUCAAAACUGCACGAAUCACUGCCACCAUUUGGUAUUCCACAAAUAGUUAAAACUGACAAUGGCCCACCAUUUAAUGGAGCUGAAUUUGACAAUUUUUGCAACUAUUAUGGCUUAAAAUAUAGAGCUAUUACACCAUAUUGGCCAAGGGCUAACGCAGAAGCUGAGAGGUUUAUGCAAAAUUUAAGAAAGGUAUUCCAAAAUGCAAAUAUAAAUCAAAUAGAUUUGCUUAUUUGA